AUGCCUUCUCCUCCGUCAGUACAACAACAUCGUUUGCGAAGCUCAGACAUACUUAGACGCGAACUUGUCCGACUUUUGACCACCAAGGUGGAACACGUAGUGGAGACGGUCGUGAAGCAGAACGUUAUAAGUCGACUCUGCAACACCUUGGACGCGACAGCUUUCUUGAAGGCUGAAAGAGAUAGGAGAAUCGUGGCAAAGUUAGUGAAUCAUGUAAAGAAAAUCUGGGGAGAAUUCAGCGAAGCAGGCAGCAUGAGCACGUGCUUGUCUGGUUUCAACAUCGAUUUGUUACCUCCCGUGCAAUUCAGCUCGCUGUUUCGAUUCACAGCGAGCGAACUGCGCCAGCUAUUGCAUCCCCUGCGCUUAUUGGGCAGGGAUGGUUUGCCACGAAAGUUCAUACUGGGGACUCUAUUGGCACCAGACGAAGGGCAAUGGGAAGUAAGAGCUGACGUGGCUCUGAUGAUCGUGCUCUAUCGUCUAACAAGAAAUGCUUCAAUGGAAGAGAUAGCCUGGUACUUCAACUUGACUGUGUCAAAGUGCUCUGCUGCCUUCGAUGCCUUGGUGAGGUAUCUCAUGACAUACCACGAGGAACCUGUGCAAGAGGUAUACUGCAUGGCUCGUCGCUUUCAGAGCAUUGCCGAUUACAUGGUCGAACUCGGCUCCCCUUACGAUAACCUCCUGGGCUUCGUCGACACCGCGUACACGAAUUGCUACACUCCGAAACCUGGUUCCCAAGGAGUUUCGGAGUUGAAUGGCAACAAGCCCCUUGCUGGGUUCAAUUGUCUGGUUUUUACGCUGGGCAACGGUCUCUUAGUACUCAGCAAACCUUGCACAAGCAAUCGAUCAGAGGACUUGAUGUUUCAAACAAGCGGUGUUGCAGACGAUCUGAAUUUAGUUGAAGAAGGACAGAAGAUUCACUACCUUUUCUAUGGAACUAACCGGUUCACAAUGCAGUUGCACCUUCAAAGGGCCAUUGUUCCACCCGUGAAUGACAAGGAAUUUACCCUGAAUUUCACGAUGUCAAAGCUUAGGAAGCCGUUUGACAAAAUAUACACUGACUUUCAAGACAAAUGGCCUGGUGUUCAAGCUUGCACUGAGCGAGCAGACGUGUUCAGGGUUGCCAUUUUGCUACACAACUGUUGGACUAUACUGCAAGGCAAGGAUCACUUGGAUUUGAAUGGCAAACGUUCCAAGUACUCAGAUGGCAUGAAAUUGACUUUGAAACAAUACUUAGUCGAAAGAUUCGAUCCCUGGUGA